UGAUAGUAUACCGUUUGGUCGAAAACAAGGCAACCAAUAGUGUCGUUAUUGCAUAAGUAAUAUCUUUCUUCAAAAUUACAACUGCAAUCAACAUUUAUGGCGAAAAGUUAAUUAAGUUAGCUUCAACUAUAUACCUAGGCAGGUAUAUUUCUUCAUUAACUACAUUACAUGAUGUAAAAAUGAAGUGUAUUGUAGUAACUGUUGUCUUAAUUUUGCACACGUCUGUGUUUGUGCCGUUGGUUUAUUCCAUAUCCCGCGGGAAUACUAACCGUUUCGAUUUCGGGGGAAAAAAAAAGUUGGGAACUCAAAGGAAUGCAUCGGAAGAAGUUGUAGAGGGCAAAUCCAACAGUACCAAUAGUAAUAAGAAAGUAGGAAAUGGUGGAAACAUACCUUUUGAUCCGAGAAAUCCACCAAAAAAGAGUAAACAGCUGGAGACUGAGAUAGAGGCGGGAAGCGUCGCAGAUAUUUUUGCUCCUAACGAACAUUUUGCUAUAAAUGAUUAUUACAAUCAAUUAGGAAGGAGAUUCGUCCCACAGUAUCCUUAUUAUGAGAAAGAGAAACAAGCUGUAGAAGACAAAAAGGCGGAAGAUGUUUUACAUAAAAUCAUAAUGGAGUCGAAAGAUAAGUACGAAAGUGAUGAUAUAAAGCUUCUUCCAGUCAAGGCGUCGCCAGAAUUCGUGCUGGCCGUGGCCAAGCAGUCCAAACUCCUUGAAGAAUCCAAAGUAGGGAAUCCUACUAAUGACGUCAUAGCUAAAGAAAGUUUACGGACAGGAGAAUAUUGGAAUGACGUGUGGAAAGAAGAAGUUAAUCCGAAUAUUCUCAGAUCAGGAGAUUCAGUGCCACAAGAGAAAAACGCUGGGUCGUUACCGAGAUUAGGUUCAGUGAUAACAAAAAUUAUGCCAGGGACGAAAUUGUACGACCUAAUAUCGGUACUCAAACGAGUAUCUCCCAAAUUUCUGUACGUAAUGAAUGUAAAUUAAAAAAUUAUUUUAAAAUAAUCACAUUGUUGUUUUUAUUUAUUAACGUUACAGUCGUAAAAAAUAUAGUUCACAGAUUUUUAUUAUGUACAUUGCUGUGGUAGGCAUCUCAGGUAGAUAUAACAUAAACGCAUCAUAUUAAUUGGAAAAUAAAUAAGAUUUUUUG